CAACUGACUAAAAAAUAAAGGCACGACAAUCUUAACCGAAAAUUAUGGCAGAUUUUGUAUUGGGCGAUAUAAAGGAUGUACCGCUACCGGACGAUGGCUUGUCAGCGGCGCAGCUAUUUGCCGCGGGUGAUGGUCUUACUUACAAUGAUUUUAUCAUAUUUCCCGGUUACAUUGAUUUUCCGGCAGAUGAGGUCGAUCUACUCUCACCGUUAACGAAAAGAAUCACGUUGAAGGCACCUCUUGUAUCUUCGCCGAUGGACACCGUUACCGAGUCUGACAUGGCUAUAGCUAUGGCUCUGUCCGGCGGGAUCGGCAUUAUACAUCAUAAUUGUACCGCCGAAUAUCAAGCCAAUGAAGUGCAUAAGGUAAAAAAAUACAAGCAUGGCUUCAUUAGAGAUCCGGUUGUAUUGGCAUCACAUCACACCGUCAACGAUGUUUUAAACGUUAAGAUUGAGCAUGGUUUUAGCGGAGUACCUGUGACAGACACGGGUAAAGUUGGCGGUAAGCUGCUAGGCAUCGUUACCUCGAGAGACAUCGACUUCCUCGAACGUUUGCCCAAUUAUCAACAUAAGUCGCUUAGCUCUAUAAUGACAACUUUAGAAGAUUUAAUCACCGCACCAGCUGGCGUAACGUUGCAAGAGGCAAAUGUUAUAUUGGAAAAGUCGAAAAAGGGAAAGCUUCCCAUCAUCAAUGAACGGGGCGAACUUGUAUCUCUGAUGGCGAGGACCGACUUAAAGAAGAAUCGUAGUUACCCAAACGCUAGUAAGGAUGAGAAUAAGCAGCUGUUGAUAGGAGCUGCGAUAGGAACGCGAGAUGCGGAUAAACAUCGAUUGGAAUUGCUCGUCGCAGCUGGCGUGGACGUAGUGGUAUUGGAUUCGUCACAGGGUAAUUCAUUGUAUCAGAUCGACAUGAUCAAGUACAUCAAGAAGCAGUAUCCGAAUUUACAAGUGAUCGCUGGCAACGUCGUGACUACGAAGCAAGCCAAGAAUCUUAUAGAGGCGGGAGCUGAUGCGUUACGCAUUGGAAUGGGUUCCGGAUCUAUUUGUAUAACACAAGAGGUAAUGGCUGUAGGACGGCCUCAAGCGACAGCCGUCUAUAAGGUUUCUGAAUACGCUAGAAAAUUUGGAAUACCCGUUAUAGCGGACGGUGGUAUUCAGUCUAUUGGCCAUAUUAUUAAAGGUCUCAGCUUAGGUGCUAGUACAGUUAUGAUGGGUUCUCUCUUGGCUGGAACAUCUGAAGCUCCAGGCGAAUAUUUUUUUAGCGAUGGAGUCCGUUUAAAAAAGUACAGAGGCAUGGGCUCGUUGGAAGCCAUGAAUAGAAAGGAUGCUAAAGGUUCGGCGAUGGAUAGGUAUUUUCAUAAUGAAAUGGACAAAUUAAAAGUAGCUCAAGGUGUUAGCGGAUCAAUAGUGGAUAAAGGCUCGGUCCUUAAAUUUUUGCCUUAUUUGACUUGCGGUAUCAAGCAUGGUUGUCAAGAUAUAGGAGCAAAGUCACUUACCACCUUGCGAUCUAUGAUGUAUAGCGGGGAAUUGAAAUUUGAAAGAAGAACGCAUUCGGCUCAACAGGAGGGCAAUGUACAUAGCUUAUUCUCCUAUGAGAAAAGGCUGUAUUAGUUGUGAAAAAUAAUAACUCGUAAAGCACGCGUCAUGCGUGCAAGAAAAGUACCUGCAUUUAAUUGAAUAUCAUUAUUUUACAAGACUAGUUAUUUUACAAGACCUGCAAGAAAUCUCUUAUCUGUCGCAAAUGUGCGAGGUAUAUAUUGUUGAUCAAGUUAUGACUCGGGCUCGACCAAAUACGACUCGUUUACCUUAGAACUGUUCUUUAUGAAGUAGGAAAACUACAUCAGGUCAUAUCAUUUAUUACGUCAGUCUCGUAUGUGUACUUGUUAUUUAAUGAAUGUCUAUCAUAUGGUACUUUGUAAAUUUUAUCUACACUUUAUAUUCAUAAUGAGCAAUAUGAAAAUCAAGAGAAUGACUUUUUGUAUCGUACAAUGCAUAAUAUUAAUACAGCUGACAAUUUUUUUACUUCAUCAA